UUCAUCAACUUUCUUUUGUCCUCCAUCGACUUGUUGGAACCCCCAUAUCUGGAUAUGGCGCGUUGCAGAAGCAAACCACAGAGUCACGGGUACCACGCGUUGAUGCUAGGCUGAAUGUCGACUAAUGCACUGCUCGACCAGCUCUCCUGUUGUUGACCGUCGGGACGCUUCCUUAUCUUUAUUGUCGCGCCGCGAUCGACAUCAACCUGUAGUCAAGCCAAUGACAUCCUUUCUUGGUGCCUAUCAAGCGCCUCAAUGCUGGGCGCUUUGGGAUGGAAUGCGGACACCGGGAGCGGGUUGCGUUCAGCCGAGGUGGCUUGCUUGUUCCUGCGGGCUGCUUAAACCCAUGUCGACGUCUUUCACCUUACGGGCUCGUUAUUCUCAAUUGUAUCUUCACAAGGAUUGUCAAAGAGCCGUCUGCUCAAUCUUAGGGGUCGGCUUCGUGUAACAGUUGUUGACUAUGGGAUUACCUACAGAGGUGCUGCAGGCCUGGGAGGCUUGCGAUCGAACUGAUACACUCUUUGUGCUCGUCUGUUCGGUAUUUUGCUGGGGUAUCAUACCAGCUGUAGGUAUAGCCUACUCUGGUUAUACAACACGUUCCAACUCUCUGGCAGCCAUCAUGCCAGCUAUCCUAUCAGUAAUUGUUUGCUCAAUCCAAUGGUUUCUCAUUGGAUAUACCUUGACAUACGGUGAGGGAGGAGCGGUCUUCGGAGACUUCAAAUACGCAUUUCACAAGAAUGUCCUAGCAGAACCCGUUGGAACAAUUCCUGCAGUGUUGUUCAGCUUCUUCCAAUUGGUUUUCCAAGCUACGGUGGCUGCUAUCGCUGUCGGCGGUGCAUGUGAGAGAGGGAGAAUACUUCCAUUGAUACCAUUCAUAUUUCUCUGGUCUACCUUCGUUUACAACCCCUUAGCUCACAUGGUAUGGGGUGGUGGUUUUCUCAUGGAUCUAGGCGUGGUGGAUUUUGCGGGCGGUACGCCAGUGCAUAUUAAUUCUGGAGCGACAGCGACAGCCUUGUCCGUAUAUCUCUCAUACCCGUUGUUCCGCUCACGCAAGUCGUCGACCCGAACGCCAUCCCAUUUGGUCGUCCACCGUCCUGUCAACUCGCUUUGCCAACUUCUCGCUCUGAUCAGUAUUUGGGGUUCGUGGCUGGCUUUUGAUGCUGGGACGACUCUGGCAUUCAACUUCAAGUCCGUAAUGGCCUUGUGUGUUACGAACCUCUGUGCUGCAAGUGGGUCGCUCACGUGGAUGGUUUACACCUACGUGGAAGUGGGACGCUGGAGUCUAGACUCAUGCUUUAUGGGUGCCAUCUCUGGACUCAUCAUGAUUACGCCUUCUGCAGGCUUUAUCGACCUGCCAACAGCCUUCCUCUUUGGUAUACUUGGUGCGUUGUUUUGUCGUCAAGCGCUUCGUAUCAAGUUCAGUGACUUUGCUCGACGCUGGAGAUGGGUUGACCACGGCGACACCUUCGCAACACACUGCCUUGGUGGUAUUCUAGCAACAAUCUCCACCGGCUGUUUUGCGCAGAAAGAAGUCGCUGGUUACGAUGGGUUCACCGAAAUCGUUGGCGGAGUGUUCUUCGACGGCAAUGUACGGCAGCUUGGUAUUCAGGUUCUGGAAGCCCUCGUCGGAUUCUCGUGGUCGUUCAUUGUAAGCUACGUCAUGUAUGCGCUCAUUGACUGUGUACCAGGCUUCGAGGUUUUAGCUGAAGAUAAGGACAUCAUUGCAGGCUUGGAUGCAAGUCAAAUGGACGAAGAGACGCUAUGGACCGAGACGCAGAAGUACUACCCCUACGCCGACCGCGAAGGCGAGCUGCAUCUCGACUAAUGGAGGGUGAGUUUACAUGGUGGUCGAUUUGUUGUUCAGCGUACAGAGAACGGAUACGAGAAGGUCGAAUGAAAAAAUAAUACUC